AUGGUGUUCUCCUGUCCUUGUAAACGUUGUAAGAAUGGUAGAGGAAAGUUUCCACUUAAGGAAAUUAGUUAUCAUUUGCUUAAGAAUGGUAUUGUCCCAACGUAUACAAUGCGGCGUUUUCAUGGUGAAAGAUCAGUUAGGGCAGUUGCUGAGAAUGUGGGAAAUAUGGCAGAGAAUGUAGGAAAUGUAGAUGAGAAUGUAGGAGAUGUUGGUGAGAAUGUUUGUGAGAAUGUUGAUCCUAGUGUAGGUGAGAAUGUUGAUCCUAGUGUAGAUGAGAAUGCUAGGACAUACAGUGGGGUUCACAGUGAUGUUGGCUCCAGCAGCAGCAACAAAAGAAGGUCUUUUUAUGAGCGUGCAAGAGAACCUUUGUACCCAUCAUGUCCUAAAGAGAAGACUGCACUAUAUGCCGCUAUAAAAUUGAAUAACAUAAAGACCCAAUAUGGAUUUUCAGACAAUGGUGUCACUGCACUAUUGGAAUUAAUGAAGGAGUUGCUUCCGGGAGAUAACACACUGCCGUCUAAGUAUCAUGAUGUAAAAAAGAUGAUCCAAGAACUGGGGAUGGAUUACAUAACCUAUGAUGCUUGCGUUAAUGAAUGCAUUUUAUACUGCAAGGAACAUGCAUCACUGGUAAAGUGUCUUGUUUGUCAAGAAUCUAGGUAUAAGAAGGUAUUCAAUGAUGAGAGGAAACUUACGCAAGUUGCUCAAAAGACAUUGAGACAUUUUUCGUUGAUUAAGAGGUUACAAAGGUUUUACAGCAUUCCGUGGAUAGCAGAGGCUUUUUAUUGGCAUCAUAGAGAAAAGUCAGAUAUGAAUGUUAUGCGCCAUCCAGUAGAUUCUUCAGCUUGGCAAUGUGCAGAUAACUUCUCUCCGGAGUUUGCUAAGGAGCCAAGGAAUGUGACACUUGGGAUUUCGACAGAUGGCUUCAAUCCGAAUGGGUGUUUCGGACUUAGUCACAGCUGUUGGCCGGUUAUUUUAUGUCCGUACAACCUUCCUCCAUCGAUGUGUAUGAAUCGAGAGUUCUCGAUGUUGUGUUUGUUGAUUUCAGGACCAAGAGCACCUGGUAAAUACAUUGAUGUGUAUUUACAGCCAUUGAUAGAUGAGUUGUUGCAGUUAUGGAAUCAAGGUGUUAUCACGUAUGACUCUUACACUAAAACUGAAUUUUUGAUGAAAGCAAGACUCUUAUGGGCUAUUCAUGAUUUUCCGGCAUUAAGAACUUUAGUUGGGUGUGUUACACAUGGAUAUAACGCUUGUCCAACAUGCGGAGAAGGGACAGUUUCUGAAUAUCUGCCGUAUAGUAAGAAGAUUUGUUACAUGGGACACCGAAGGUGGCUGCCAGCGAAGCACAAGUAUCGAGAUGAUAAAACACAUUUCAUUGGAGGGGUAGAGCAUGGUUCAGCUCCAUGGCCACUAACAGGGCUGCAAAUUCAGGAGAUAGUAGCAAAUAUUAGAACCAAAAAGGGUAAGGGCAGGCCACCAUCAGCAGCAAGUCUGAAACGUAAAAGGAAAGUUGUGGUCGAGAAUGAAGAUGUUGGUGAUGUAGAAGAUCAGGUUCAUGGCCACUCACUAUUCUCUAGAAGAUCUAUUCUUCAUGAUUUGCCAGAUUGGGGUUCAAAUGCAGUCCGGCAUGUUACAGACGUUAUGCAUACAGAGAAGAACAUCACUGAGCAUCUCAUUAACACUGUUAUGGGUAAUAGCAAGUCAAAAGACAGUCUUAGUGCACGUAAAGACAUGGAAGCCAUGGGGAUUAACAAGAAGUUACGGUUGAAAGUAGAUGAAGUGACCAGUAAAACGACAAUGGAAGAUGGUACUUUUGCCAUGACAAAGAAGGAGAAAGUCGUGUUUUGUACUGUUUUGAAGAACUUAAAAGUUCCUUCUGGUUUCUCUUCCAAUCUCCGCAGCAGUGUCAGCGUCGAUCCUCCCGAGAUAAAGAAUUUCAAAUCCCAUGAUUACCAUGUUGUCAUGCAACAUUUGUUUCCUUUGCUGGUUCAUACGGCGACUUCAUUACCUAAAGCAACUGUGGUAAAGGGGAUGUCUGAUCCAUGGAGGAGACGUAAGUGGGAGUUACGAAUAGCAUAUUAUGAUCCAUAUCCCACUUUUGAAGCAAGGACCUCGCGUACUCCUCCAAAUGUAACUGAUGAAGACUGGCAAACAUUCUGUCGCAACGAGGAGGAUGAAAAAGUUCAGAAAAAUAGAGUGGAUAAUAAGCGAAAAAGGGAGAAAUACGAUUAUAGUCAUACCUCCGGUCGCAAACCUCAUAGUUUAGUGAGAGCUGAACUGGUGUGUGUACUUCAUUGA